AUGCGCCUCUGGCUCAGGUCAAAUCCUCGUGAGAUCAUCAUCGCAACUGUCGAGCGGAACAAGGCCCGUGUCGAGCAGCUUAUCGAGCCAUUCCGGCAGAAUGCUGAUAAAAUCAUCCUCCCAAGGGGAAAAAUCUUUGCUUUGGUGGAUGACGAUGUUUACUGGCGCGUCAACACCGUUGUCCCCUACGUCUUGGCUCCGUUUGAGGAUGCCGAGGUCGGUGCGGUUGCCGGUAUACAAAGCGCUGAGGUCCCGCCCGAGCGCCAAGAUGCACGAGCGAUUACUCCCUGGGAAGCAACUGCGACAUUUGACUUGAACCAGUGGAAACGCUCUCGGGAGGUGCACUUCGCUGCGGAUGGAGCCUGCUGGUGCCUGUCGGCACGAACACUUUUCAUCCGUGCUUCUAUCCUCCAGGACCAGAGCUUUGCCGAUGCAUACACACAGGAGGUCAUCGGACGCAGGAUCGUGAACACCGCUGACGAUGUCGUUUUGACGGGGUUGGUAUUCGACCGCGAAUGGAAGGUGUCGAUCCAGAAUACCCCCGAAGCCUAA